AUGCAAUCUCCGAAGUUUGGUCGGCGUGCCAACAUGAUGAAGAAGGCGGGGGAAUCGGAGACGUCCCUCAAAUCGCUGAUGGGUUUCGCGACUGGCACAAAGCACCACCGGCCAAGGCCAAAAGAUGAGGUCGUUGCCAAAAGCAACCUUCGCAGCCUCGACGACGGUGUUGAUGAGGAAAAUCGUCACCAGGCUGAGAGCAGGCAAAAGGAGGAAGUCAAACGCCUCGUUGAGCUGGUCGCCGAGGCUCCCAUCGGUUAUGCAGCAACUUUGCCCAAAUUGGCGGCCCUUGACAUAUCAAACAUAUGGAACGAUUUUCUUCAGGCGGUUCAUGAGGACUACGACAUGUCCGCACUCACUGCGUGUCUCUCACAACAACUCGACGACGAGGACGUACCGUGGAACCCUGAUAUGUUGCUUGUGCAGCUCACGUCAGACAUGUUAGAUGCCGCGCAGGCCACUGAAGGUGGUUCUGGUUUGUGUGCCAGUCCGGAUGGCCGUGAGGGUGCAGGAAGCGUCGACACGUCAAUGGCGGCUGCUGGAGAGGCGCGGCGUCGCCGCAAGCAACUUUUAGAAACUGCCGUUGAAGCGCAAGAGGAGAGCGCUGCGCGUAGACGGCGGCAAGGCGGUCCGGCGCUUCCGGAUGACACUGCGGCACCAAGCGCGCCACGUGCCUUUGCAACAGGUGACAAUGUGUCGGGUGGUCAUUCCUAG